UUCAUUUUGGGGGCGGAUACAUAUUACAUACGACCAAAGAAAGUACUUUAUAAUUUAUUUCGUUAGAUGGCCUACAAUGACUGUAUUGUUCUGUAUACACUGAUGGUAUAGAAUUUGGAAAUCUACUUUAUCUACUUUACAAUCACAAAUCCCCUUGAAGAUGAUCGGGGGAUUAUUCGUGUAUAAUCAUAAGGGGGAGGUACUGAUAUCGAGAGUGUACAGAGAUGAUAUUGGGCGUAAUGCAGUCGAUGCCUUUAGGGUGAAUGUUAUUCAUGCACGACAGCAAGUGCGAUCUCCUGUUACGAACAUUGCACGUACUUCGUUUUUCCACAUAAAAAGAGCAAACAUCUGGUUAGCUGCAGUUACAAAGCAAAAUGUGAAUGCCGCAAUGGUAUUUGAGUUUUUGCUGAAGAUUAUUGAUGUCAUGCAGUCAUACUUUGGCAAGAUAUCUGAAGAGAACAUUAAAAACAACUUUGUCCUUAUCUAUGAAUUACUAGAUGAAAUCCUUGAUUUUGGAUAUCCUCAGAAUUCAGAUACAGGAGUGCUGAAGACAUUUAUAACUCAACAAGGGAUAAAAUCAGCUUCCAAAGAGGAACAGGCCCAAAUUACUUCCCAGGUUACUGGACAGAUAGGUUGGCGAAGAGAAGGCAUCAAGUACAGAAGAAAUGAACUCUUCCUUGAUGUACUGGAAUAUGUUAAUUUGCUUAUGUCACCACAAGGUCAAGUGUUAUCUGCCCAUGUAGCGGGAAAGGUAGUUAUGAAAUCCUACCUUUCUGGUAUGCCUGAGUGUAAGUUUGGUAUUAAUGACAAAAUUGUUAUGGAAGCAAAAGGAAAAGGGAAUGAUACAUUUUCAGGAGGUAUAUCUGGAAACACGGACAGUGAGGGAGCCAGGUCUGGCAAGCCAGUGGUAGUAAUUGAUGACUGCCAAUUCCAUCAGUGUGUCAAACUUAGCAAGUUUGAAACAGAACAUUCAAUUUCUUUCAUACCACCUGAUGGAGAAUUUGAGCUUAUGAGAUACCGAACCACAAAAGACAUAUCACUGCCAUUCCGAGUGAUUCCUUUAGUCCGAGAGGUAGGACGUACCAAGAUGGAGGUGAAAGUUGUCCUUAAGUCAAAUUUCAAGCCAUCUCUCCUUGGACAAAAGAUUGAAGUGAAGAUACCAACACCGCUUAAUACUAGUGGUGUGCAGUUGAUUUGUUUAAAAGGGAAAGCAAAGUAUAAGUCGUCGGAGAAUGCUAUUGUAUGGAAGAUCAAGCGUAUGGCUGGGAUGAAAGAGACUCAGCUCUCAGCCGAGAUAGAGUUACUAGAGACAGAUACUAAGAAGAAAUGGACCCGCCCACCUAUAUCCAUGGGAUUUGAAGUGCCAUUCGCUCCUUCUGGAUUCAAGGUCCGUUACUUGAAAGUGUAUGAAUCAAAGUUGAACUACUCCGACCACGACGUGAUUAAAUGGGUGCGGUACAUUGGACGAUCCGGUCUCUAUGAAACAAGAUGUUAAAUAUGUUUCCGGUACUCAAACAAUAGCCCAUUUCUGUAAUGUUACAGAAUUUAUGAGAUUUUUUAAUGAAUUUUUCUUUUAUUGCUCAUUGAAAGUAUGCUGGAACAUAUUGGAAGAAUGAAAUGUAUUAAAAAUUAAAAUGAAUUAUUGUAUCGCGUUGAUUAAGCAUUUUGAAGUUUUUUGGAAUCUCAAUGAGAGUUUCGUAUUAUCAUGUUUAAAAAAUUAAAAUUAUUUUUAACUUAGUUCUAUUACUUACUUUAUUGUUUAAGUUACAUAAUAUCAUUCCCUCAUAGAUUUUAUUUUGGACUUGUAUAUGUUUAAAUAUCUGAUUAUAUUAUAUUAUAUAUGUGAAGGACCUACGCCUAGCCAUUAUUGCUACGAGUCGUUACGUACUGUAAAAUGUAAAUGCAGUCAACUAUUCAUAAGAAAUAUACGACUCAUAGCAAUAACGAUACCGCGAAGCCACGGCAUCUGCUAUGCAUUAAUGUAUAUAAGUCCAUAUAUCAAGAUUAUAAUAUAUUACUUAGAGUUAUUUAGAAGUUGCGAAUCACUUAGCGAAAUUUUGGCAACUGUUCUUUACACAGAUUUCCUAUGCAUGUUGGUUAUAUUGAAAUAUUAUUGAUCGGCAAUCUUUAAUACAGGCUUCGCUCAAGCGUUUGAAUAUGAACUUUCUAAAAUAUCUAAUCUAUAUAACUUUAUAAAAAUAUCUCGCUUUGAAUAGUCUCUCCACUAAUCAAGAGAUUCGAAGAUAUUUCAUACAAAUUUUGAAGACAUUUAAUUAAGUGUACAGUUAUAGGCCUCAAACAAGAGACGCUAGACAUAACGCGUAAAUUCGCAUUUGUAUAUAUUAUGAUUGCCGUUCGAUAAUGUAAGAAAUUGAUGUUUAAAGUUCAAGGUAUGUAGAAUAUGUAUGUUAGAGGAAGCUUGGUGUACCCAGUCUUACGUGUUAUGUACAAUAAACGUUUAAAAAUA